AGAAACAUCGAGAGUUGUUCUGCACUUCAUAUUUUCUUCUUUAAAGACUUGUCUUAGAUCUCACUUUUUAUCCUCUCUUCUUUGCAGUUUGUUACGAUUGAAAUUUUGUUCUUUCUUUCUGAGAGGGUGGUUUGGGCAGUUCCUUUUUUUCCUCUUUGAUGCCUCAUCCGCUUGUCUGUUUCAUGCGUCUUAACCCACUUACUACCCGUGGUCGAUGUCUUCUAGAGCCAUCAUGUGUGACCCGCUAUGCCUCAGCUUUGGCCCGUCGACGACUUACCUUGCAACCUGCAGAUAGAUCUAUACUAGAUUGCCCCUGGCGAGUUCUGCCCAUAGAUGCCGACUGGAGAUCUGGUAGCGUCUCAUGAAAUUUCGAGAUCUGGAUCUCGCGGCCCAGUGAAACGCCUUGGAUGAAGCCCAUCGUAAUGAGUCUUGGCCCAACUUGAAAAAGGCUCUGCACGUUAGUUAUGGGAAUUGCCGGCCUAUUUCGAGAUCUGGAUCUCGCGGCCCAGUGAAACGCCUUGCAUGAAUCCCAUCGUAAUGCCUCUUUGCCCAGCUUGGAAGGUUCAGGCCCAGUGAACCAGACUUGGCUCAGUUGUGAUGAAACGCUCCUCCUUAAGCUUCUCCUUAAGCCGAUCUGAUCUUAAAGCCGUUCUUCACUCCUGACCCUCCCACGAUCUGUUCUUCACUCACGGUUUCGUAAGGAUGGAUAUGAACAAGAUGCUGGUGGUUACGUUGAGACAAGAUCCUCUUCUCUCUCCGGUUAUGAGGCAAGUCUUGGGAAUCUGCUGGGCUAUAUCCCUGGUGAGGCAACUGGAAUUCCGUUUGAAGAAGGCGGGUAAAAUGCCCAUCGGGAAACAUCUCUCCAUUCAGGAUUUGGUCAACCGAGUUCCGUGGAAAUAUCUUGAACCUUUUCUAGGGUGUUUUAACAUAGAUCGUUGUGCUCGCUACCUGUAUCGUUUUGGCGUCCUCCUUGAGCAAGAAUGUCCAUUGACUCCUCUCAGUAAAGCCUUAGUUCAUCCACAGGACACACGACCUAGAUACCAUCCUGCGUCGUUUCAUGUUUACCACUUGUCCGACGUUUUGCUAAGUUUGGAAGGAGAUGUAGAGCCUUGGGAAGCACAGGCAGCCUAUGAUAAUUUUCAUCAUUCCAUUCAGCAAAUGUUGAGAAAUGGUGAAAUUGUCACUGUUCGUAUACUUACAUAUCCGAGUUACUCUGGAAGCUACGGCCAAUCAAAUGGACAGCAAAUUUACGCCCCAUAUCCGCAAGAGAUGGCUGUCUGUGGACAUUUCUUGACUGCUAUAGGAUGGGGUUAUGAUAAAAGUGGCUGGUUAUUUUACCAAUGUCAAGAAUCUGCUGGACCUUAUUUUGCUGCAGAUGGAUAUUCGCUAAUAUAUGCCGGCAACAUUACCUCCUACAUUGAGAUGACCGUGGGAGAAGAGCCUCUCUAUUGACUAUGAACAUCAAUCACUCUCUUGUCGUUGUGGCUAUGACCAUCAUCACUCUUCCCCUUCCUCUUUUUCUCAUUUAAUAUAUAGUUUGUCUGUUCAAUUCUCAUCCCUCUUUAAUGGGAUACGUCAAGACUCUAUAUAACUAUGGUUAAAUAAAAUGGCAGAUACGUUAUGACUGUAUAAUGAAAAUUAUAGAAUGAUGAAAAUUUUCUUAUAAUAUAGUUACUUAAUUAACUUUUAUAGUUAGAGCCAGAGCCGGUCCUGUGUGUUAAUGGGCCCUAUUCCAAUUUUUUUUUAUAAUCUUGUUUCUGUUGUAUUUUAAAUUACAUAUGAAAAUCUACACAUUAAAAU